GUGAGAUUGAAGUUGAUUUUCGGAUCAGUGCAAAGGAAUCAGCCGGCGAAGCAACAUCAUUAACUGUGUGGCGUCUGGCGCUUAAGUUGAGCUGUGGGAAGUUAUUAUAAAAGCAUUUAAAUAAAUUUGUAUCAAAGGAAAUUAAAAAACUUCAAUAUUGUGCUGAAAGAAGAAAGCGUAUUAAUAUGAAUUCCAAAAUUUUAUUAGGCCUACUGUCACUAGCUGUAGCUAUCACAUCCACCGCUAAUGGCGCCAGAAUACUCUCGGUGUAUUCCUUUCCCGGCAAAAGUCAUUUUAUGAUGCAAAAAGCUAUAAUAAAAGAGUUGGUUAGGAAUGGACAUCAGGUCACGUUAAUCACAGCAUUUUCUUUAGCGCCACUCAACUUGGGCAGCAACUACACUGAGAUACUUAUUGAGCCAGUCUAUGAUUUCUGGAAGGAUGUCAAAGAAGAUGCUGGCGCACGUAAUAUCUUCGAGUUCACCACCAUGGAGCUAGCUGGUUUCCUGCAGAUGUUACAAGUUUUAGGUGUUGCCACCACAGAGCAUGCGCUCAAGCAACGCAAAGUGCAGGACAUUAUUAAUGCCAAGCAAACCGAGAAUGUCUAUGAUUUACUGCUUGUCGAGCAGUUCUACCAAGAAGCCUUCCUGGCGCUCAGUCAUAUUUAUAAAAUCCCGGUGGUUAGUACCAGCACAUUGGGCUAUGAGAAUCAUAUGAGUCAAAUGUUUGGCAUAAUAUCGCCAUGGUCCUAUGUACCACAUGGUUUUCUACCCUACUCCGACCGCAUGAACUUCUGGGAGCGUUUGCAAAACACUUACAACUCACUCUAUGAGGAUUUGCAUCGCGAGUAUGUAUAUUUCCCUUUGAUGGACGACUUGGUGGCGAAGUAUUUCGGACAUUUGCCAAUUAACUAUCCGAAAGUAACUGAGAUGGAGAAAAAUCUGUCAGCCAUGCUAUUGAAUAGUUUUACACCUUUGACUAGCGCACGUCCCACCAUAGAUGGCAUGGUGCCUGUAGGUGGCAUGCAUAUUUAUCCACCCAAAGCUUUGCCAGCGGAUAUGCAAAACUUCUUGGACGAGGCGGAACACGGCGCCAUCUACUUCAGUUUGGGCAGUAAUGUGGAGAGCAAGGACAUGCCACCGGCCUAUUUAAAGAUUUUCGUCGACGUUUUUCGCAGUAUGAAGUAGCGUGUGCUGUGGAAGUUCGAAAAUGAGAGCAUCAUAAAUUUGCCACCAAAUGUUAUGGUGAAAAAAUGGCUGCCACAAAGUGAUAUACUGGCACACCCUAAUGUGCGCGUAUUCAUCACGCAUGGCGGUUUACUGGGCACACAGGAGGGUGUAUACCACGCGGUGCCAAUGCUCGGCAUGCCCUUUUACUGUGAUCAACACUUGAACUUGAAAAAGGCCGAACUCUACGGUUUCGCCAUCAGCUUGCACUUCCAAUCCAUCACUUAUGAUGUACUAAAGUAAUACCCCAGCUAUCGUGCCAACAUCAAACGCAUAUCGAGCAUUUUUCACGAUCGGCCGCUGAAUGCGCGUGACACCGCCGUCUAUUGGAUCGAGUAUGUGAUACGCCACAAGGGUGCUGAGCAUUUGCGCGCCGCUGGUCUCGCCUUGAAGUGGUAUCAAUUCUAUUUGCUGGAUGUGAUAGCUUUUGUUGUUACUGGAAUUGUGCUGGCUGUGCUGGUGUUUGUUGGUUUGGUGUGCUUCGUUUUGCGUUGCCGUGGUAAUGGAAAUAAACAGAAGGAGGAGAAGAAGCAGAAGAGGCAAUAGAUAUACAUAUGUAUAUAUAUAUAUAUAUAUAUAUUGUUUUUUUAAUUGUAGUAGACAUACAAACCAAACUCCAUUUUCAUUUAAUCUUUUAUUAUAUUUAUUGCUCUUUUAUUAUUUUUCAAACUAGUGGGUUACUGUCAAAGUUGGCGAGAUGAUAUAGAGAAGGGAUAACCUCAGCAUUUCCUUCUUGACUGUCCCAUAUUUGCAAGAAUUUCACUUGAACUCUCACUACUUCAGCUCCACUGGUAUCGGGAAUUGUUACUUUGGUGAAUUAAUGAUGUCGCGGAUUGUGAUGCCGGUUUUGAAAGAUUUUUUUACAGGUUUUGGUUUUGACGUCGGUGACAUUUGAGGUUAUACGGAAAGGGUGGGGCCUAAUUAUCAAUAAUUCUAUGUCAUUCUCAUUGUGCGGCAAUCUUCUUCGAUUCGAAAUCUUUCGUCGUUUUUUUUCCCCCAAUCAUCAAUACGCUGUUAUUUAAUAUUUGGCAAUACGGUGCACCCUGACGUAUGAGCAAUCUACAAUUCAUUUGAAAAUAUCAUUUGAGCAUAACACAAGCACUCUGCAAUAUUUGUACCCAUUGACUUGAUAUUGUUUGUAUGUAAAAUAUAUUUUUAAUCUCAGCUGUUAAUUUAAUUUAUAAUCAGUUCUUAAGUAACGAUCAAUUUUGUUCACUAAAGGCAAACCAAUGUUUCACACA